AUGUUGCUUUCUUACAAAAGUUCUGGUUAUGAUUGGCAGAAGGAACUUGGGACAAUAUGUGUAAAGGCAGUGUGGCUUAGGAAAAAAAUCAGAGACGUCCUCAUUGGCCCUAGUAAAUGUUAUCCCAUUCGACAAGCAUACGAGAAGGAGCACAUCCCAGGAGCAGUGCACUUCAGUUUAGAUGCUGCCCAUUAUCCUAGUCAGUACAUUCGCUUCGAUCUUUAUUCACCUGAAGAGUUUGAGAAGUUUGUGCGAUUGUUGGGAAUCAAUGCUGGAGACCAUAUAGUCGUUUAUGCAAGGGGACUUUACGCUGGAAUGUUAUGGGCAUCUCGUGUGUGGUGGCUUUUCAAGUUAUAUGGUCACGAUAAGGUCUCAGUGCUCGAUGGUGGACUAGAUGCUUGGAAAAAAGCUGGCAAAUCAGUAUCCGGGGACGUUACAAGUGUGAAGGUUUGCACUGCUUUUCAAAGUUUUGUAUGUCGAAAAAAAUAA